AUUCAACCCCCCCUCACUCUGCAGUCGAUGUCGAAAGGGCACUUGGAUGGCAAUGAGGAACACACGAGGUUGACAUUGAAAGACAUCUGAAACCCCAUCGGGCACUCACCCGACCAAAAUCAUCGCCUUCAUUGAGUGUCGGCCUCCCUCCCCCUCUCCCCGAAUCAACCAUCAUGAUCCCCUCCUCACCCGCUUUCAGGACUCUCAAGAGACCGAGAUCUCAGCCACGUAUACAUCGAGGCGAUGUGUCCUCCUCGGCCACAUCAUCUUCUGACGAAGGGGAUGGAGAUAUGACACCCAAAAGAGCAGCAACGGCGAUGGCAACUCCCAAACGAAAGGUUGUCGGUUCAAUGCUUCCUGUAUCAACGGGAGCUAGGACGAGAAAGAUCCAGGAGAUUCAGUACAAGGGUCUGUCUGUCAUGUCGCCUUCUACAGGCUUGAAACCGAGAGUCAAGAUCGGCGAUGUCAAAGACGAUAAGGUCAAUGUCUGCGUCAGGGUUAAGCCCACUCAGUCUUCAUUCUCCAAAACGGCCUACAAUCUCACAUCCAAUUCCCUCACACUCACCGAGUCUCACCCAAAUGUCAUUCGAAGAGGAGGCAAAGCAAUGGGAAGAGAGGAUGAAUAUAUCUACAUGUUUGACAAUUUGAUUGAGCACCCUUCAACUACCGAAGAGCUGUAUCGAUCCAAUGUCUCUCCGUUGGUCGACAAGGCAAUGUCGGGUUUCAACGCUACGGUCUUUGCGUACGGUCAAACCGGAUCCGGCAAAUCGUACACUAUGACCGGAGUCCCUACGGAGCUUGGCAUCAUUCCCUGCGCCGUGGAUGGAGUGUUCGACGCCAUCAAUGAGGAGCUCGACCGAGCAUAUCUCCUUCGAGUCUCCUACGUUGAGAUCUACAACGAGACUCUGCGUGACCUGCUGGACUUUGACGGUAGAUCUGGCAAGCCGGUUAUCUCCUCCUCCAAGGGGCAAGUCUAUGUGGAGCCAUUGAUUGAGAAGGUGGUCUCGACGCCGCAUGAAAUUAUGGAGCUGCUUGAACGAGGCAAUGCGUCGAGGAAAGUUGGGCAGACCGACUGGAAUGAACGAUCCUCUCGCUCUCACAGCGUUUUCACGAUCACCAUUGAAUCGAGGCCCCAGACUGGCGCAGGGGAUGUCCGCCGUUCUAGAUUGAGCUUAAUUGAUCUGGCGGGGUCGGAGAAGGCAGUGUCAGACACACAGCGCCGUAGCGAGGGAAAGCAUAUCAAUCAGAGCUUGUUGGCUUUACGGGAAGUCAUCAACAAGCUCUCCGACAAAAAGCGACCUCACAUCCCGUAUCGAGACUCCAAGCUCACUCAUUUGCUUGAGAACGCCCUCGGUGGAGAAUCCAACAUCUGCGUCAUCUGUACGAUAUCAGCAGACCAAGAGCACGCUUCGGAGACACUGGAAACUCUCAAAUUUGCUGGUCGCUGUUCGCAGGUCGAGACAAAGGCCAAGAAAAACAUUCUCAUGUCGGAUGAGAAGGCUCUGAUCCGAGCCAAGGACAAGGAGAUCGAGGAUCUAAAACGUCGACUGGAAGAGGUCAUGAAUGAUUCUGUUAGUCGAAUAGCUACCUCGGAUGGGUCUUCACAGAGCGCGAUCGGGGCAGAGCUUGCCGAAUCCGUUGCUGCAAUGGAAGCUCGCAAAGCAAAACUUGCUGAACAGCUCGCCAAGCUCAAUGCCCAGAUUCUCACUUCCGAGGCUCAUCAGCCUCAGACCGUACCUCAACGUCGCCGGAUCAGUGACAAUUACAAGCACCUCAUGAGCCCUCGCCAGGGCACACAUGACAGGCGAGCUGUCAGUAGCAUGAUUCGUGUUCCUGAAGAGGGUGAAGGCCUGAUCUCCUUUAACGCCAACACUGAUCCUUUCGACGUCGAGAAGACAGUUGCCACACUACGUCGGACGCUCGUUGUAAAAGAAGGCGAACUUGCGACUGUCCAGACUCAGCUGGAAACGCUGUCUCGAUCUGUCGAGGAGGCUGCCAACAAAAUUCAGACGCUCGAAUUACAGAUUCGCGACUUGACCGAUGAGAACACGGCUCUAACGAAAGCCAACGCGUAUCUUGGGUCCGAGCUCGACACACGCCUAAGGGACUCUCAUGAGCAGCUAGAGACUUCGCGUAAUGACCUUCUCAAUAAAGUGAACGAAAAAGUCGCCAGGAUUGAAGAAUUGGAGAUGAUCAUCUCCGAGCUCAGAUCGUCACGGCAACAGUUGGUCAUGGCUGACCAAGACGAGAUCGAAAAGCUGCAAAGGCGUCUCAAUGCUGUACAGAGCGAGGCGGAAUCAAUGAAAGCCGAUCACGCCGCUCACUUGGCCAAUUUGAAUCAAGAGAUUGCCGAUCGCUUGGAGAAGUCUAGGGUAGCGCACGAGGCUGCGACGGCACAAGCCUUGGACACGGAAGCUCGACUGACCUCUGCGCGUGGUGACUACGAUCGGCUUGGCUCUGAUUACAAGACUCUCGAGUUGCGGGCAGCUGAGUCUCAAACGAAAUAUGACGCACUGAGGGAGAGAUACGAUCAAGAGAUCGAAGUCCUCCAGCUGCGGAUAGUCGAGAAGGAUGAACAGCUGAAGACCGAUUCAAAGACGAUCUCCAAUUUGACGUUGGACAACGCUGGACUGCAACGGGCUCUGGACAAGGCUCGAGAGGAGACUUUGCAGGCUCGACGUGGGCACCUGUCGUCCGCGUCGGAACCUCGGUUGGCCAAUCUGGACCUCAUAGAGUCUUUGCGCACCCAGGCCAUUCGGCAGACUUCCACCGGUAACGAGGACAACAGACUAAGGACAAUGGAACGGGAGGAGAUUGAUCGAUUGGAGAAGAUUGUUGAGCUCCAGAAGGGUCUGAUAGACGAGCAGAGGGAGAAGAUAAAGUACUGGGCAGACGCGAUGGAGAAGCAGAAGAAGAUCGUGGAGAUGCUUACUGGAGAAGAGAUUGACACGUCCACCUUCAAGUCGAUCACUUCGCCUAGUUCACGAUCUACCAAGGGUAGCGGUGGCGGACUCAAAUCGUCUCUGCCGUCGACAUUCACCGCUUUUAAUCUCGCUCUUCCGAGUGCUCCUACUCCACUUCCGGCCCACCCAGCUCAGCAGAGUAAUUCUUCAGCGAGAAAAGGCAGACGAAUCACUAUUGAGCAUGAUAUCGAAACUUUGGGCGAAUCACACAAGGUCAAUAUGACAAAGUCGAGAUUCGACAUUCCUGGCGAAUUACCGCCUUCGCCGUCCAAGCCCUCUUUGUAUACUACACCGUCAAAACUGAGGCGCAUGGGGUGAAAUACGGGUUGUGGACUGGACUGUAUCGCACUGUAUUGUAUGUAAGGUCAUGUAUGGGUCUCUUCGAAGAAAUGAGUUCCCAGGUCAGACGACUAGGG